GGGCGCCAUUACGUUGGCACCGCUGCGAAGUUGUCCCCUCUGUCAAAACCAUAAUGGCGUUUGUGCUGUAAGUUUCGUGCUAUGUGUUUUACGCGUCCUCACAAAAACGAUGCAAACAAUCUAAAAACCCACAUUUUUGCCUCUAUGCUCGUGCUCCCGACGACAUGAAUUGAGUCCAACCCUGCUUUCAACUUAUGUCUCAACCAGUGCGCCGCAUCGCGAAGAAACCGCCUGUUGUACCUUGACCACCCCAUCGUUGGAGUUUUGAUGCCCAGAGGUGAAAAUGUCUGAGAUCGUGUAUCCUGCGGGCUGCCGCCCCAUCAGCGACGAUCUCGGUCCAGAUGAGUUGAUUAGACGCUUGAAAACCCUCGCCCAUACGUUGCAGGCGAUGGGGCAGGACGAGGGGGCUUACCAACAGUACAUCCCGUUGGCUCUACACCUAGCAGAGGAGCAGUUUUUGUCGCACCCAUCUCGAGACGUUCAGUUGCUGAUUGCUUGUUGCAUCGCGGAUGUGUUGAGGGUGUACGCCCCCGACGCCCCCUACAAAGACGCCGAUCAAGUGAAAACGAUAUUCCUGUUCUUGAUAACGCAAUUAUCGGGGCUGAAAGACCCCAAAGACGCCGCCUUCAAAAGGUACUUCUAUUUGUUGGAGAACUUAGCUUAUGUCAAGUCGUUCAAUAUGUGUUUCGAGCUGGAGGACUGCCAGGAAAUUUUCUGUGCGCUGUUCCACCUCAUGUUCAAGAUAGUCAAUGACGAACACUCAGGGCGAGUGAAGAGUUUCAUGCUUGACGUGCUGUGUCCUUUGAUUACGGAAAGCGACAUGGUCAGCAAUGAUUUACUUGACAUAAUUUUGAUGAACAUAGUCGAACCGAAUAAAACUCAACGUAAAAACGCUUAUCUUCUCGCGAAGGAACUGAUCGUGAAGACUUCAGACACCCUAGAGCCCUACAUCCAAGCCUUCUUCAACCACGUUCUCAUCUUGGGCAAAGAAGACAAAAAUCUGCAAAUUUGCGGCAAAGUUUAUGACCUCAUCUACGAACUCAACCACAUUUGUCCACAGAUUUUGGUGGCGGUGUUGCCGCAACUCGAAUGCAAAUUGAAGAGCCCUCUCGAAAACGAACGACUAGGGGCUGUGGCACUUCUAGCUCGCAUGUUCAGCGAAAAGGACUCAGAGUUGGCUCGAAGACACGGGUCGCUCUGGCGCGCUUUUUUGGGCCGCUUCAACGAUAUUUCUCUCCAAAUCCGCACCAAGUGCGUCCAGUACUCCAUGCAUUUCCUCUUGAAUCACCCGGAUCUCCGCAAAGACAUCACGGACACUCUGAAAAUGCGCCAACACGACUCUGAAGAAAACGUUCGGUAUGAAGUAGUGAUGGCCAUCGUCACCACGGCCAGGCGCGACUUCCAGGUGGUCUCCGACUCGGAGGAUCUUCUCGAGUUCGUGAAAGAGCGCACCCUUGACAAAAAGUUCAAAAUCCGGAAAGAAGCAAUGUCGGGGCUGGCGCUGAUCUACAGAAAGCAUUUAAGCGAUCCGGACGUGCCGAACGCGACGAAGAAGGCCGUCACGUGGAUCAAAGACAAGAUUCUGCACGGGUAUUACAUGGCGGGGAUGGAAGACAGACUUCUGGUGGAGAGGUUGCUAAAUACGUGUCUGGUACCGUACCAGCUGCCGCCGGCUGAGAGAAUGAAGAAGUUGUAUCACUUGUUGGGCACGGUGGACGAACACGCGACGAAGGCGUUCAUGGAGCUGCAGAAAAACCAGCUGUGUGUAAGAAAACUAGUUCUAGAGUGGCUGGAAUUACACAGGAGGCCGGCGAACGCCGACGUGCAGAAGGAGAUGGCAGCGAAAGUCCAGGCUUUGAGCAGAUGUUUACCGGAGCCCGUCAAAGCCCACGAAUUCCUCACGAAAUUCAGCAGCCACCUAAAACGCGACCAGGCCCUCCUCGAGACCAUGGAGACGGUGGCGCGACCGUCGGUCAGCUGUCAAGAGUGCUCCGAAGCGACCGCAGCAGUGCUGAAAAAACUCGGACAACCUGUGAUGACCAACUUGUACUACAACACGGUGAAAAUGCUGCUGGAGCGCAUCAGUUCGGUGAUGAUCGACCACGAGGCGAUCAAACUGUUGGUGGGCUACGUGGAGGACUGCCUCAAGGGCGGUAACACGAUAGACGAGGUCGGAUUGCAUCCGGCGACGGCUGGCGACAGGGGGCUGAAGCUGUUGGUGAUGUUGAGCGUCGUGUUCCCGUGUCAUUUCCACCACACCGACGUGCUGGAGCAGCUGAUGGAGCUGCUGAAGCUGGAGGACGAGAACGUGGCGCCGUUGGUGCUUUCGGUUUUCACGUUCCUGGGGAAAUAUAGGUGUCUGUAUGAGCAAUUCCCGGAUUUGAUGGACAAUUUGGCCCCAAUUUGCAAAAAUUUGGCUCAAACAGGGACACCGAAACAAGCGAAAGGAGCUAUCCAUUGUAUUUAUAAAAACAUGCCGGCUCUUCAUGAGCACCUAUUUCCAGAUAUUUUAAACAGUGUGAAAGAGAAUUUGUGUCCUGAGUCGCCCCACUAUAGGACGGCCAUCGUUACUCUAGGACACAUCGCAUUCAACGUUCCAGAGAGAUAUAAAGUUCAAAUUAAAAAUAUAGUUUCUAGAAAGAUCGUUAAGGAGCUCCUGGUGAAAGAAGUGGGCGAACGCGACAUCGACAUGACGGAUUCGGAGCUGUGGUGUGCCGAAGAGGACCUCCCUGAAGAGACCCGCUGCAAAAUCGAAGGUCUAAAAGCGAUGGCCCGCUGGCUCCUGGGCCUCAAACAGGACACGGCCUCAGCGCAGAAGACCUUCCGGAUGUUGAACGCUUUCAUCCUUCACAAGGGCGAUCUGCUACAGUCAGGGAAAUUACUAAAGUCUGAGAUGUCGUGGCUACGGUUGGCAGCAGGCUGCGCCAUGUUGAAAGUCUGUGAACAAAAAGGUGUAGGUGAUCAAUAUACGGCCGAGCAGUUCUAUAAUCUGUCCCAGUUGAUGGUCGACGAGGUGAAGCAAGUCAGGGAGACUUUCGCUGCCAAACUCCACAAGGGGUUAAGUAAAGGCUUACCAAAUAAAUGCUUGCCGUUGGACUUCAUGGGGUACUAUGCGCUAGCGGGCCGCGAAACCGAGUCCCGAUUGCGAACUGUCAUUAAAAAUUAUAUGAUGGCGGAUAUUAACAGAAGGAGAGAUUACGUGAAGACUUUGACGAUGGGAAUAGGACAAGCGGAUAAAGCGAUGAGCCAGCUACCGUACAUUUUGCCCGAUUAUAUGCUCGUGUUUGCGGUACCCAUUUUAGCCCACGACCCGGCGUUGAGUCGAUGGGACGACGUACAGGAUUUGAUACGGGCGAAACAGUGUCUUUGGUUCAUUCUGGAACCAUUGGUGACGAAGAGUGACUAUUUCAGUUACGGAUUUUACAAGAGUCUCAUCGAGAGGAUGAAGAAUCAUAAGGACGCGGUGAGGCCGGACGACGAUAGCAUUAAUUAUAAAAUUUGGGCCCUCUGUGAUCUGGCUUCUGGUUUACUAUUAACCAAAACGACGAACUACGAUCUGAAGGAUUUCCCUUCGGAAACCCGAAUACCGACAAUGUAUUUUUCCCCUCAGCCCGACUUCGUGAACACGAGGGUAUUCCUACCGCCUGAAUUACAGUACCAACCUAACAAAAAAACAAAUAUUACGUUGUCAAUGUUGAAUGCUGAGAAGCAAGCAAAGAAAAAGGUAAAGAGUAAAGCGGAAGGAUGUGGACCUUUGGGGACGGACGUGCAGCUUACGUUUACUGGGGGAAUAGAUGCACAGCCGUCCGAAGCGUCUGAAACCAAAAUUCAACUGCCAGGCCUGGAGGAGGAGCUCGACGAGCCCCCCGUCAAGAAGCUCCGGGAGCGGAUAAAAGUGGACGUGGACAAGUGAGUGAGGUGUAAAUAGUGCGAGUGCUGCGAGAUCUCCCGAAGCAACAUUGCUUUGUUUUUACAGUUUUAGUCUCAUCUUGUGUUAGUGACUAGUUUUUACCACCAUCCCAUCAACGGUAACACAGUUUAUUCUAGGUGUAGUUUUUAUUUUGUUCUGUAAUAUGUUAUUUUAAGUUUAAUGUAUUUAAAAAACAAGCUUUUAAAUUAUAUGUUUUACAUGAAUUUCACGUUUUAUAGAUCUAGACGAAAAGAAGAGUUAUUUUUCUAUGCUGGGUGUGAUCAUUCCAGGUACAGUUGGUGGGCCUCGUUCGCCCGGUAUUGCUAUUAAUCUUCGCUGUUUACAUUGUUUCCGCUUGUUUCAAUUUGUAGCAUAAAGGUGUAAAAACUUAUCCACGGAUUUUCAAAGUAUAUUUACAAAUUUGUAAUUUGACCCAUACAUUAAGGUUCAUAGAGAAUGGUUGUUUAUUUUUUUGGUAUACAUUUUCUACUAAGUAUGUUGUACUAAAUUGUGUUACAAUAUUUAAAUAAACCAUUGUCUACAUCA